AAGCUUUUCAAAUUCUUGAUUGUUUGAACUGGCCUUAAAGCAAAUAUUUUAACUUUAGCUUGCCCAUCUUCAUUUUCAAUUUGUUGGCUGUAAAAUGCAGAGCAAUAAGCACGACCGAUUGUUUCUCGAAAUUUUAAAGGAAGAACGUAGUAUAGUCACGUUUCUCGAUUCUGUCUUUGGAUUCCUUUACAGAUGCACAGACUUCUUUCAGCAUCAAAAUGAUUCUUCUGGAAAAGUUGGGUUUCCAGGUGGUGUAGCUAAGGACAUUGUACAGAAAUUGUUCCAAAGAUAUGAAAAUCAGACUCAUUACGAGAAACAGGCUGCUGUACUAGGGAAUAUGGCAUCGAAUGACAGUGAUGUCCCUUCAGCCUGUCAAGAGGUUGUGUUGGGUAUUGAAGCAGAUACACCUGAACCAUUAAUAGUCGAAACAAGUAAUGGUGCCUUGAGAAAAAUGGAGGUAAAUGAAGAAAAAAAUGUUAGGGAAGUGUAUAAUGGAGAUGAUCGGGGAACCUACAGGUGGAGUCAAACCCUAGGUGACAUUGAUGUUUUCAUUCCAGUCACAAAGGACAUCCAAAAAGCUAAACAAGUCAAUGUGAAAAUUGAUCCUCUCCAUCUCCAAGUUGCAACUGUUGGACAGGAGGGAAGCUGUGUUUUAAUAGACCAAACAUUCCCACACAGAGUUAUACCAGAUGAGUGUCUAUGGAGCUUUGAUGGAGAACAUGUUCAGGUCAAUCUGGAGAAAAAAGAAGAACGUUGGUGGGAUAGAUUGUUUUCUUCUGAUCCCCCAAUUGAUACCAAAAAAAUUGAUACAGUCAUUAUGACCAGUGACCUAAGUCAAGAAGAACACAUGAAAGUUGAGGAGUUGAUAGUUAACCAAGGGACAAGGCAGCAGUUUUCAAAUGCUUGUCUAGAGCAACCUCUGGAGGAUAAAAAUUUCAAUCACGAUCCAUUCUCCUGAAGAGUGUAGCGGAAUAAAAAUAACAUGACAAAAUUUGGUAAUGAUGAAUGUAUUUUCGUUCGUUCUCCGUAUUAUUUCAA